AUGGCACUUACAAAUAAAAACAGACAUUUUAGCACAUAUGAAGAUGCAUUGGAUGAUUUAUUAUUUCGUUUUGUAAAUUUUAUAGAGGAAGAUGAAGUUAAUGAUCUUGUACGGGUUAUGUUUCAUAUCGAACAGGCCUGGUGGACGUAUGUUGACCAUACACUUCCUUCAAAUCCCCAUUUGAAGAGUAAACCAUUUCAUACAUUUACAGUGGAUAUAAUUAAUCACUCACCUUUUCUUCAACAUUUCAAAGAUCAAUCACAUAAUGCAUUGGAAGUAUUUAGAGAAUAUAAAAAAAAUAUACCCACUUGUGGUACAAUUAUAGUUGAUUCAAGUCUUGAAUAUUGUUUAGUUUUAUCCAUGUAUUCUUCCUCCAAAAAUUUUGGUUUUCCAAAAGGCAAAAUAAACCAAAAUGAAGAGUUAGUUGAUUGUGCUAUUAGAGAGACAUAUGAAGAGACAGGUUUUGACUGUUCAAGUCAUAUACAUAAAAAUAUCUUUUUUGAUGCUAAAAUUAAUCAAUCUAGUUGCCGUCUUUACCUAGUCACUGGCAUUCCAUUAGAUUUUAAAUUUAAACCUAAAGCAAGACAUGAAAUUAAAAAAAUUCAAUGGUUGUUAAUUAAUGCUUUACCAAAUAGUAAGGAUGAUUUUGAGAAUGCAGCUUUAUGCGAUGGAAAACCAGGAAAUUUUUUUCUUAUAUUGCCUUUUGUAAAACAGUUAAAAAAUGUAAUUAGAAAAUUAAGAAAUCCUCAUGCUGAUGUUAAUACAUUUUCAAAUAAUUGUAAUAGUAGCAUGACUAUGAAAAGAAAUGUUGAAAUAAGACCAUCAAGAUCUUCUGCUUUCAAACCUGUAAAAAGAGAUAUAUCACAAGAAAAUAUAGAAUAUAAAAAAGUUUACUCAAAAUCUGAAUGUGGAACACCAAGGAAAACAAAUAAUAUAUCAUCAUAUAGUACAGGAAAAAGUAAUGAUAAGGAUAAAGGUGAACCAAAUUUUCAUCAAAAUCAAUUGUUAAAUAAUCUUCUGACGGAAGAUGAAAAAACUGGAGCUGAUUUUUUUAGAAAUUAUGGUUAUGAUAACACGACUGUAACACCAGCAAUUAAAAGUAUUAAUAAAAAAAAAAUUGAUGGCAAAAAAAAGAAAAAUGAUAGUUCCCAAGUUUGUAAUAAUACUGUUAUUAAAGAAAAUAAAAAGGAAGUUAAUAAUCAUUCAACAAAUGUUCAAAAUAAUGUGAGUAAAAAAAAUUUAGAUAAAUCAAUUAAGCCACCAAAAAAAGCUAAAUCAUUAAGUGGUAGGAAAACGGAAGAUCUUUCUCCAUCAAAAUCACAAAUUUCAUCAAAUUUACUUAGAGAAUUUCAAGAAACUAAUGAGGGUAGUGGUAAAAGAGGAAUCACAAAUACUACCAGUAAGAAAAAAAAUAAUGAAAAAAAGUUAUCGUCAAAUAAGGAUGUUUUACCUUCAUCUAAAGAACAAUUGACAACUAGAAUUACUCCACAAUAUUCUGGUAUUGAUUUCAUAAAGAUUUUCUACAACACACAAGGAUCAAAAUAG